AUGAAUGACAAAACUCUCCAAAAGGAAACACAUAAAAACUUGGGAUAUGUAUACUAUCAGGGUUGUAAGUUUGAUGCUGCUGUCAAAUCGUAUCUCAAAGUUCAAGAAAUUUCUCGUGAUCUUGGUGAGAGAAAAGAGGAAGCCAACGCCUGUCUCAUGCUCGGUGACAUUUUUCAAGAAUUAAAGCAACACGAGAAAGCCAUUGCAUCUUACCAAACGACUUUAAAUAUCAGUGAAGAAUUGGAAGAUAAAGAAAUGCAGGUAGUUUCAAUUCAUAAAUUAGGUACAUUAUAUUUAACUUUGGCAUCAAUUUGUAGUAAAGAUUAUAAUUACGAGAAGGCGAUAAAAUGGUACGAAAAGGCGUUGGAUAUUUCUAGAAUAGAGCCCAUUGAUCGCCCCAUGCACGAGAAGGCUCUAACUGGUUUGGGAAUUGCCUGGCUUAAUCUUGGAAAUAAUGAAAAAGCAAUCGAGUCAAUUGACGAAGUUCAACAGUUUGCUAAAAUGGAAGCCGACAUGGGUAAUCAUUAUAAUAUUAUAAUUGUUUUUUGUUAAAACACAAAACAUUACUUUGUUUUUGGUGAUAUAUUUUUGUAUAUUUUAAAUAAUAUGAAGUCAGUAUUAUCGAAUAUGAGACAGAUAUUAAGGAUGGGUUGGACUUAGUUUUCUAACACAUAAUGCAGUAAUAGCCAUAGUUGAAAUAGGAUUUCAAGGAUUUCCGAGUGCGUUUUGAAAAAGCGGGCCGCAGGCGAGCCUUAUUAAUGCACGUGGACUUGAAAAUCCUGGUAAUAUCAUACCAUACCAUACCAUACCGUACCGAGGUGAAUAGUGCCCUAAAGGAUAUUCACCGAAACGCAAAGCGCUGAGAUGAAUAUCCUUAUUCACCAACAUUGAGGAGAAUAUUUGUUUUAGCAUAUACCAAUCAUAUAAUUCCAAUCAAAUUCAGUGAAAAGCACCAUCCAGCUCCCGAGUAUCUGCCAAAAAAAAUUAUACCUUGAAGAAAAAUUAAUUGAUCAAUUAAAAAGUCCACCCUAUACCAACGACUUCCUAAAUCACAUAAAUUUAAUAAAAAAUAUUCCAACACGAAAAGUGUUUGUAACAAUUUACUCUUGCCGGUAUCAUAUAUAGCUUAAACUUAUGAUUUGCUCUGGUAUGUGACAAGUUAGUCAAUUCAAGUCCAAAUCCAACUCGUCUUUAAGUCGAAUAUUCGAACUCACUCUCAAAUUGCAACUUUUAAAGUACUAAAAACUUUGAAAUUAUCUUAGUUCGUUAAUUAUGAUUUCAAAGCACUAUCGCGUAUUUUAGAAUAAAAUUUCUAAAAUAAAAGUGUCCUGUAGGACGUCUUCUCUAGUUUCAUAUAUACACUAAUAAUUAAAUAUUAAAUUAUUUUGUUUUGGGUCACGACUUAUGCCUUUGAGAACAUUUCUUCUAUAUUACAGAUUCUUCCAACGUUGAAACCACGCACGAGCAAAAAACAUCUACAGUGCAGGAAGAAUCGUCCUCACAAGUACCAGGUACAAUUGAUUAUUGCAUUCUGUUUUACCUUCGUUGUUGCUUUAUUUUCAAUCUUGUAUACUUAAAGUACGAUUGCACAACUGUCACAAUAAGAAUUAAAACUGCGUUAAAGUAUUUCAUUAGUUAGAAUCAGUGCAACGUUUGAUAGUUUUACUGAUAAUGGAUACACCUUAUAAAUAGGUGCCUUUUAAAAUUAUUCAAAAUAUGUAUCAAUGUAGUGUAUUUUGUAAGCAUGACUUCUACAGACUUCGGAUUACUUAGAAGAAAACUUGCUUCGUUUCAAAAUGUUAGCUUUUCUAGAUCUUUUAUACACGAGUUUGCACUCAAGAAAAUCCCCCGGGCAAAAAGCAUGCAUCGCCGUCGCAAGUAUAUGAGUUGAAAUUCUUGAAUGACAGGCUUCAUACCUAACUUUAAGAUUAAGUCCAAAACAAUACCUUUUACCUCUUAAAAUUUGUAUUUCUAAUUAUUCAUAUAAGAGAGCGUUUUCGAGGGCUAUCAUUAUAAUCGACAGCGGCUAAGACUAAGGCCUAUUUCAAACGUCGCGCUUCUCAUGUGCCGCACGCAUUAGAAACAAUAGAUAACGAAGCAUUUGCACAAUGCAAUUAUAUUUCAUUUAUCCAAUUAGAAACAUGUAAACUCUUUAAACCACAGACGAAUUGCCUGUUUUCGAAUUGAAUGUUUUCGAUCGUUCUUUCCUGUUAUUAGUCUUUGGUUUAUUUAGCAAUUUUAAAGGGCAUACCAGCAAAUUAAAGCUCUUUAUUUUGAAAAUAAUUAAAUAAUAUAUUGUUGUUUUAAUUCCAGAUUUAGCUCUAAGUUUAAAAUUCUAAAAUUUAUUUUUAUCCUCAACCGCGCAUGCAAGAAUAGUUUUUAAUAUUGACGUAAAAUUUAGCAUUUAAAGUGUCUACUUCUAAUUUAACAACAAGGCGUGAAACGACAAUCAACAAAUAUUUAUUUGGCUUAAUCAGUUUAAUUAAAACUUAAUUAAAACUAAUUAAAUUGAGAAACUCUCGUAGAACAUGUAGUGUUAUGCGAUAACUCUCAAAAGUCAAAAACUCUUUUUGAUUUUUCAGAGGGGUGGGCACGUUUCGAUGCAUUGAUUGAAGAAGCAUGUAACCCAAGCAGAACAGAAACAUUAUCCAGUGAAGACGUGGUUCAUGUGAAAAAAUACGUUGAAGAAAUUGCUCCUUCGUACGUGUACACUCGCGAAAUAUCAGUCAAAGAACCUUUCACUAAGAUCGUUCGUAAAGCAAUGACAGAAAAAGUUAAAAAGUCAGCAUGUACAAGCUUGUUGGGUAAGGAUGAUAAUAAACUUGAUAGAAAGGAUGGAGAACUUGUCAAAGGAGAUCAACAAAUCUUCAACUUUGCAAGAGAUGAAGUAUUUAAAAAUGCUUCGACUAAAAAGCCGGCGAGACUGAAUGAAACUUUGGCAUCUUAUAUGAGAUCCAUUGGCAACAUUAAAUGUGGCAGUGUUGGUGGAACAUGCUUCCUUGUCACAGACGUGCUGGUGAUAACCAACUAUCAUGUUUACAGGAUGAUAGAAAAAGAAAGAAAGAAAUCAGGAAAUUCCAGCUUACACGUCAGCGUUUUGUUCGAUUAUCUCUACGAUGAACAAAUGGAAAAUGUUGUAGAAGUUGAAGUUGAUGAAGAACAGGAUCUCAAACUUGCGAAUCCAUACCUGGAUUACAAAUUCUUUCGUUUGAAGCAAAACGAUGGUAUCAGAGGUCGUGUUCCACUUGGUCCGAUGGUUAGAAAGUGGCAACUAUCAGAUGGUCGAGUUGUUAUUCUUGGUCAUCCGGGAGGAAAGGAAAUGCAGGACGAAGUCUGUGUUGUUGUCGGCUAUCACGCGAUGCAGGAGAGAAUAAGGGAAAGAUAUGAACAGUGUACCGGCGUACACAUGACCAAUGCACAAUGAUUACACAACACUGAAGACUAUCAAGGUUCUCUGUCAUACGACACGACGUUUUCGCGGGUGCUAGUGGCUCGCCUGUUUUUGAAAUGAAUCGAAACAUUGUCACCAUGCACACACAUGCAUACAGUCUGGAAAUAAUAGAAAAUAUUUCUAAUCAACCGGAAAAUGUUCAGAAUCAGCAAAAUGUUCCAAAUCAGGAGCAAGAAAAUGUUCCAAAUCAGGAGCAAGGAAAUGUUCCUAAGCGGCAAGAAAACGUUCCGAAUCAGCUGGAAAACAUUCCGAGUGUUUCCAGACAAGAAAAGUCAAGAACAUAUUCGUUAAUGGAGUUCGGCGUCCAGUUUAUUUCAAAAUGCAGAGACAUGAGACACUGGCAUGGCGAAGAUGUUGUUAAACAAAUUUUUCCAAAUUAUAAGUUGAAGCCAGGCGAAGAGGGAACGGACGCAUCCUAGUUUUACUAAGAUAUUUUGAAGACGACCAAACAUUAUUGAACUGUCUGCACUUGCAAAUAUAAUAUUUGUAGUGAUUGACCAAUUGUGCAACAAUCGGAAAUUAUAUAUACCGACUACAGAUUAUUCGUGGCACAAUCUACCCGAUACCGACGUUGAUUUUAUAAUGACUUAACAAUAUCAGUCGACCGAGUAAAGGUGACGUCAUUCACGUCGAUUUUUUAACGAUAAUUUUCAACGUAACAUGCUACUGCAAACCGAAAGAUCGUUAAAGCCGUUCAUAAAUGGCAGGCUUCACGCAUUAAUUUAACAUAACGCAACAUGUAUCAACGCGCAAUCCAUAUAAUUUUGAAAGUGCGUAUUUUCUCAACAAUCUGUUUUAGACAAUUGGAAAUAUAGACAAUUCUACCGAUUCUGAUUGUCUACCGAUGAGGCAAAAAUAGACCAGAUACCGAUUAUCGGUCAAUCACUAAAUAUUUGUAAGCAAAAGAAGGUAUUUUAAUGUCCUUAAAUUGGAAGGACCUAAAUUUCUGGUAUAGUUGCAUGCAUGGUAAUAUGUAAACUUUUAGAAUUAAAGCCAGCCUUGUCUUAACGAAGGUAACAAAGUGUUAACGCGUGUUUUAUAAAUUGAGAGAGAUCAUGGAUACAACUGGAACAACCCAUUUUUCCAAUUGUCCACAAAUGAGCGAGCUAUCAGGGACAUUUGUGACAUGCAAUGUGGAACAGAAUUCAUUGACAUGAUCAUCAGCAACUGUUUGAAUCCUGAAGAAGAAAUAACACAAAAACGGCAUAAAGCAUGCAUUGUAAAUCUGACGGCCGCACGCAGUGCUCUGCACUUUAAUACAAUAUAGUUUGAAAUAUGGUAUUGCAACAUAGCAUAACGGAGAGAUUUCGAUCCGUACACAUGCACUGAAUGAUAUACAGUAAUGAUAGUACAGUUUACGUUAAAGUUGUAGACAAAAUAAAAACUAAACUAAAAUAAAUUUUAUCUUCGUUGGCAUUCUUCCAAUUCUUCAAUCGACGAAAAAAAUUAUAUUUCUUUGUUGUUUUCUCCGCUGCAUUAUUAGUAGUGCAUGGUAAACAAUUCUAGCUAGCUGUCCACAUUUUUAAGAUUUUGUCCACAAUUUCAUCUCGUCGACAAUCCGCGAGAUUUUAUAUCCAGAAAUGAGGAAGAAAACUCCUCUCCCAAUUAUUAAUUACUUGCAAUUUCUACACUUGUGGUAGUCAAACGUGUGAAAUUCAUUCUUAAACCGGAAUUAU